GUUUCCUUUACAAUAUUUUUUAUUUUUGCAUCUUACCCAAAAAAUAGUGUACUCCUUUUGUAGUUUUCUUUCUUUCUUCGCAACAAAAAAGAAAAGAAAACUAUCUGCUGAUCUUAUGCUCCAUCAGUGAUCACUACAUCCCGUUAUUCUCUCUUAUGUUAGAUCCUUACAAAGCACCAGAUUUUUCUCCACCCGCCUUCAUUUAUUGUUUUUUUCUUCUGAAACUGGGAAAUGAACAUUUUUCUACCAUUCUUCUUCUAUCCAACUCUUUCCUAUUCGCUAGAUCUCCGCUCAGGUAGUUUUUAGAUUAGAUCCAUAAAUAGUUCCAGCAUUUUAAAUUUAUUCUAUGCCGUAUUCCCUGGGUAGGACGGAAGAAGUCACCGAGGAUUUAGCUUUGAUCUUCUCCUAGGAAUGAAAUAGUUUGGUUCGUUGAAAUAUGGCGGCAAGUCUAAGACUUUCAGGCUUAAGAGCGAAUCUGAAAGUAGCCGCUUUGGUCAUUUUUGUGUUGUGGAUAUGUGUUGCGGCAUUGUACAGCCUGACAAAGCCGAUAUCCAAUGGGUGCAUCAUGACUUACAUGUAUCCUACUUAUAUCCCUAUUCCCUCGCCGGAGAAUGUAUCGUCUACCAAGUAUGGAUUGUAUCUGUACCAUGAAGGGUGGAAAAAGAUUGAUUUUGAGGAGCACCUUAAGCAUCUUACUGGGGUUCCUGUUCUUUUUAUCCCAGGCAAUGGCGGAAGCUACAAACAGGUGAGAUCCAUAGCUGCAGAAUCUGACAGGGCUUAUAAUGGAGGUCCUUUUGAGCAGUCAUUUUACCAAGAAGCCUUUAAAACCCCGGGCGGUGGUGUUCAAUUUGAUGCUAGGAGCAUUCCGUUGCCCAUCAAGUAUGCAUGCAUGCUCGACUGGUUUGCUGUGGACCUUGAAGGUGAACACUCGGCACUGGAUGGACGGAUACUUGAAGAGAACACAGAAUAUGUAGUAUAUUCUAUUAACAGGAUUUUGGAUCAUUAUAAAGAGUCUCAUGAUGCUCGAGUUAAAGAAGGGGCCAAUGUAUCUAUGAAUUUUCCAAGAAGCGUUAUUUUAGUUGGUCAUUCCAUGGGUGGUUUUGUUGCUAGAGCUGCAACUGUACAUCCACAUUUGAGAAAAUAUGCAGUUGAAACAGUCGUGACACUCUCUACCCCACACCAGUCACCUCCUCUAGCAUUGCAACCAUCCCUUGGUCAGUACUAUGCGCAUGUUAAUCAUGAAUGGAGGAAAGGGUAUGAAGUCCAAACUUAUAGAUCUGGGCGUUAUCUAUCUGAUCCAUUGCUGUCUCAUGUGGUUGUCAUCUCUAUUUCUGGUGGUUAUCAUGAUUACCAGGUGCGGGCAAAAUUAGAGUCCCUUGAUGGCAUUGUCCCUUCCACCCAUGGGUUUAUGAUUAGUAGUACAUGCAUGAAGAAUGUCUGGUUGUCAAUGGAGCACCAAGUUAUAAUGUGGUGUAAUCAGCUUGUCGUGCAAGUGUCACACACACUUCUUAGUUUGAUAGAUGACAAGACCCAUCAACCUUUCAUGGAUGUACAAAGAAGGCUUGGAAUAUUUACAAAGAUGCUUCAAAGUGCUAUACCUCCAAAUUUUGACAGGAUACAGCACAGACAGUUACCCUACCAAUUAUUUCAUGUUUCUUCUAGCAAUCAGAAACUGAGUUCUGGACCUGAGGGUAGUAAUUUUACUUGCCCUAGAAGCACCCAUUGGAUUGAUGAUGGACUUGAAAGGGAUCUUUACAUCAAAACAACUACUGUGACCAUUUUAGCAAUGGAUGGAAGGAGGCGUUGGCUGGAUAUCCAGAAAUUGGGAGCAAAUGGAAAAGGUCACUUUGUUUUUGUCACAAAUCUAUCUCCUUGCUCUGGGGUAAGACUACACCUUUGGCCUGCAAAAGGAAUCUUGACUUCAGAUAUUUCUGUUAAUAAACGGAUCGUAGAAGUAACUUCAAAGAUGGUAAAUAUCCCCUCAGGACCUGCUCCAAGGCAGAUAGAACCCGGGAGUCAGACUGAGCAAGCAUCUCCUUCUUCCAUUUUAUGGUUGCACCCAACUGAUAUGCAUGAAUUUCGAUUUCUGACAAUAUCAGUGGCACCUCGCCAGACUGUUUCAGGAAGACCACCCCCAGCUACUUCAAUGGGCGUUGGACAAUUCUUUAAUCCAGAUGAAGGGGAAAUCGAGUUGUCUCCUCAAUCAGUGAUUCCCAUGAUAUACAGUCAAAAGGACAUUCUAUUGAAAGAAGAUCACCCUCUUGUCAUCAAUAUUUGGUUCUCCAUUAGCUUAGCCAUUCUGCCUGUAACAAUGUCUGUUAAAACCACUGGUUGCGGGAUACAAAAGUCAGAAUUCUCAGCUGAUGAGACAGGAGACAUGGAUAUUAGCAGUCUUUGCAAGCUCCGGUGCUUCCCACCUGUAGCUAUGGCAUGGGAUGCCUCGUCUGGGCUUAAUGUUUUCCCUAAUUUGUACUCUGAAACUAUUAUGGUGGAUUCCUCUCCGGGAGUCUGGAGUUCGAAACCAGGUUCAGAGAAGACAAAUGUACUAUUGCUGAUCGACCCACACUGUUCAUAUAGAACUAGUUUUGACGUUCCUAUCACCACUGCUGCUGGAAGGUUUAUACUUUUAUACUUUUCUCAGAUAUUUGGGUUUUCAAUUGCUGUUAUCUUUUUCGCUUUGAUGCGGCAAGCAUAUGCAUGGGAAAUUGAUCUGCCCAUUCCUUCACUUCUUUCUGCUGUCGAGUCAAAUUUGAGAUUGCCAUUGCCAUUUAUCUCUCUUGCCCUAGUGCCCAAUUUUCUGGUUUUGCUACACUCUUACCUAUUCUCCCAGCCGCUUGCUUCAGUCAUAAGCUUCAUUAUCAUCUCAACAAUUUGUUAUUUAUUUGCAAAUGGGUUAAUGUUGGCGCUGAUUGCGAUAUCUCUGUUGGUGUUCUAUAUAGCUGCAACUGCACAUGCUUUUUUCAAGAGACGGUGGCGGACAUUCGAAAACAAUGAGCGUUUAUACUUUCCCCAAUGGUUUCUGAGUCUUUCAUGUGCUGUUUUGUCAUCUAAGGUGGUGAGGAUAAUAACAUCCCAUCCUUCACCUGUUAUUGCUCUGGUUGCCUUUCCAGUUGUGUGCCUUGUUCAUCCUGCAUUGGGUCUCUUUUUGUUGCUUUCAUCUCAUGCUGUCAGUUGUCACAAUGCUCUCUCAAGUUUUUUACUGGCCUCAUUUCGCAGUCAUGUACAAAAUGAAGAGUCAAGAGGAGGGUCUGGAGAUGGAGAAAUGAGUAAAUACAGGCAACACAUCCCCAAGUAUAAUGGUCAAAGUAAUAAACUUGUCCCCCUGAACGAAAAUAUUUCUAGUGGCCUGGAGAAUGUGAAAAGCUAUGCUGAAACACAGUUAGAGAUUUUUCACCACAGACAUGGCCUGCUUAUCUUGCAUUUGCUUGCCACGCUAAUGUUUCUUCCCUCUCUUGUGGCCUGGCUUCAGAGGAUCGGAGUUGGUCAGAGCUUUCCAUGGUUUUUGGAUUCUAUACUGAUUAUUGGUGUUCUGCUACAUGGCAUUUGUGAUCCAAGGCCCGAAUUCAACUUCUUCUUUCCCUUUCCGGGCUUCAAAGGGCAGUGGGAGAUAAAACUAAGCUUAGCAUAUCUUCUUGCUGGAUAUGUAUCGUACCUUUCCGGUCUGGCCUUGACUCCUUAUACCACAUUCUAUGCGAUAGCCACCGUAGGGUUUGUAACAUUUGUUUUCAGGGUCAUACAAAGAGACAAGGGUAGCAGCCGAAAGCACUCUCAUCAUAGACAAUAACUAACAGGUUUUGUUAAAUGAUU